AUGGAAGCCGUUGCCGACUCCGUGGCUGCUGGCGCGCGACCCCGACCCAACGGCCGCCACCAACCACCGCUACUGGUCCAACAAGAAGGGAGGAAGCCACUGUUUGGAGUUAGGGCAGACAACGACAAGCAGAACCAGAGAUUCAAACCGGAGAUUCAGCGCUACCAACCGCCCGCAGCGUCGUCGGCGCAACGCCGCGGCGACAGCGAGACAAGCCUGGGGUCGACGACAUUCAGCCCUGGCGGGUCGCGCAUCCCCAAGCCCGUCGCCGGAGCAGCCCCGGCGACCGCGUCUCCCGCUGCCUUUUCCAACCGUGCGCGCAUGUCCCUCACUGACGCGUACCGCAUGGCUGAGAACGAGGAGACGACCGGCGACUUGUCGGUCGAUGCGUCGCCCAGUCCAGCCCCUAGGACGUGGCGCGGAAAGCGCAGCGACGCCGACGCCGACAAUAAUAAUACACCUACCGUCCGACGCGACGAGGGUAACAACAACAACAUUGCUCCCCUGUCGAGGAACCGACCGAAUUGGCGGAGCAGGUCCAAGACUGGCACUGAGUGGCUCCUUGGGACGAGCGACGAUAACAACAGCAACAACACUGAGGGCCUGCCCGAUCUGGUCCCCGGCAUAGACGACAUGCCCAUACACUCUGUCGAGGCGUCGCCGUUGAAACCCAGACGCAAGAGCCUGUCCCCGGAAAAGAGCUUCGCCUGGGACAUUGAUGACGAAUUCACAGCUGGCGACCUGCAAAUCUCCGACAGCCCGCGCAUCAGGAUCGGAAAUAACAACAACAACAACAACAACAACAACAACAACAACAACAACAACAACAACAACAACAGCAACAGUGCUCGUCCAUUCGCCAGCAGAUUGGCGUCGUCAUUCGGCCGCGGCACCGGGCCGGACACCUCCCCUUCCAAGAUUGGCACGCCCGGGUCACGCAACACGAAGCUCGACGAGAUCCACGGGCGGGAGAUCAGAUCAGGCAGCAACAUCCCCGUGCAGCGGCCCUCAGCCAUCCCGCGCACAAACAACAGGCUCGACGAGAUCCGCGCCAGCGAGGCCGACGCCCUGAAGAGCAUCCCCAUCCCUGACAGACGGCUGCCUUCUGCAGCCCCCAGGAGUAACACAAAGAUCGACGACAUACGUGGGCGCGAGUCGGACCAGGUCUUAACAAACAGGCAGCUGUCUGACGCGCGCCUGGCGGAGAUCAAGGAGCACAAUGCCGCCGCGGACCUCAUGCGCCAAUUUGGACGCUUGAAUCCCAUCGCACCGGUCACGGAAUCAAAGCUAAGCAACCAAAAAGCUCCAGAGAUGGCAGUCACGGAAGUCGCAUCGUCAUCCAGGAUACCGUCGCGUCUCCAGACGUAUGCACACAGGCGCGCCACUACUAUGGCCAACAUCGCGGAUGUCGGUGCUGGUGCUGGUGCUGGUGGUACCAAUGCCAACGACACCGCCGAUAACCCUGGAUCGGGAACGACAGAAAAAACCAACACCACCCGUCCGACAGUCGGUUUCGUAGACCUGCGACGCGUCCGCUCCACCGAGUCUGACCGGAGUAAGAGAUCUAGCAGACACUCGGAGAUGGACCCGACGGAUCGUAUAGAGGGCGAGAUGAAGCUGUUCGCCCCGCAGGACAAUUAUUCGGAAAAGGGCUCGGUCAGGGCCCCAUCCCCCAUGUCCGAUCCCGAGCAGCAGACCAAGAACGAGGAUGAAAACGAGGAGGACGAGGGGGAGGGUGUAGAAGCUACACCGAGGCCAGCACGGAGAGAGGAGCUCCUCACCAUGCCUACACCACGCGUGACGGGGGCUUAUGUCGAGACGCCGCUCACGAUCAAGCCGGCCAAACCCAAUAAUGUCAACGACAACGACGAUGAAAAGUCGACGACAAGCGAGUCAUCAUCUAGGGGCAGGGUCGUGGCUAAGAAGCUCUGGUCUCGCGACCGCGUUGGCUCAGAGGAGGAGGAGGAGAAGGAAAAUAAGGUGGCAGACAAAGCCAAGAAAGAGACAGGGACGGAAGCGACAAGGAAGAGCAGCCGCUCCCGUUCCGGGUCCAGGUCUCGCAGACUGCCGCUCAAGAACUCGGCCAAGUUGCCUUCUGUCAAGGACGACAUCCAGGAACUCCAGAAGCUGUACAACAUUGAAGACUCAACGCUCAACGACGAUCUAGACGGUGUUAUUGCCGGACGGAAAGCGGCAUCGCCCCAAUUGAAGAACCUGCUCGAUCGUAUUCCCGACAAUGCCACCGCGCUUGGCGACGAGGAUAGCUUCGAUACUAAGCUCGACCUGCUGCAGGAGGAGCAGGAAAGGCCUAAACUGCAGCCAAAGGGAGAAGGCAAGCACGAAGACACAAAUGAGAGGAGUGAGCUCAAGGAAACAAUAGAGUCAACCUCCGACUCAGACCAGGCAAUCAAGCCUACGACUACCGCCCACGCCGGCAAUCAAGACAUGUACAUGCGUCUCCCCGUGCCGCGACUGUUCCGCCUCUCGCCGCGCUUCCACCUCACGUCGCUGGGCCUUCUCACCGUCAUCCUAGCGACGUGGUGGGUUCUCGAGUCGACAAUGUGCACCGUGUACUGCCGCCCAAAGACGUGUGCAGGUCCAUGCUCCUGGUCAUCUAGCGACCCGGAGUUCGGCGUCGCCAUUCCCGUCAAGGUAGACCAGUGGGUGACGGGCGGGGCGGGGCGCGAGGCCCUAUCAGUCGCCAUGGAGGAUGUGGGCGACGUGGUGGCCGAUGUGAUGGACGCCUUGUACGGGAGGGACCUGACGCAGGUCGAUCUCGCGAGUCUGUCGUACGAGGACAGGCGGGCUCACAGACGACGACUCAGGAAGAAGGGCCUGCUCGCCUCGAACGGUGGCGGCGGCGGUGCGGGUUCAGUGCCGCCCCAGCUGAGAGAGGCAUGGCAUAGAGAGAGGUUGGAGAGGGAGAGGGCAAAGAAGGCAAGGGAGAUGGGAUAUGGCUAUGUCGAAGAGGAGGACGAGGCUAUUGGCGGGGAUCAGAGGGUAUGGUAA